UCCCUCGCGAAACCGAAACACUCGCUACCUCGGACCUUCAUUCUCUCUUGCCAUGACUCCCCAAACGCCACCUAGGCCACUCUGCAAGAGAUGCCAGCAAAGACCUGUCUUCAUGGAGAAUGGCCAUUUGCAUGAAUACUGCGGUCGUACGUGUGCUGAAGCACAAGAGGGUCGCAGACUGAACGCAUGUCUGUUGGUCGGAUGCCAACAAACCGGCCGGGCUGCACAUGCUGACUUCUGUUCAAAUGAACAUGCUAUGGAGGGUGUUCGGAAGCGCCAGAUUGCGUCUUGCGAAGCCUGUCGUACCUACCCCAAGGUGACCAUUGAUGGGUUCUGUAAUGCUUGCAAGCAACAGAUGACAUCCCCCACGAUUACCAUGGCAUCUGCUUCAUCCCGCUUCAAGGAAUUGAUCAAUAAACAUUUCAUCAGAUAUUGGAACUUAUCAGGCGCCCAAUCACCGACUUUACGCAAGAUUUACAAAGUCAGAUCCACCGUUGAGGAAAACGACCUGUAUAAGAAUUUCCGAAAACGCGUCGACAAGCCAAAAGAAGCGCGUACAUUUCAUAGCGCACAAUGCAUCUGUGAUUUGGGAGAGAAAUUGCCUGAGACUUGUCAAUACAAAUCGUGUGGUAUCUGUAGCAUCAUCAAGUCAUCUUUCAACGCCUUCGAAUUCGGCGACCCUGUCAAUAGCGGGAGAUUCGGGGAAGGAAUAUAUUCCUACAAGUUUGCAGUACACGCAGAUCGUUUUGCGACUUCCUGCACGUCGUCCCGAUACCGGGUAACGAUUUUAUGUGACGUAGUCGUGGAUUCUAGUACGGAGGUUCCCGAGGAUGAGUCCUUAUUCGUUCCUAACUCCGAUGCUAUCAUUCCCCGAUAUGUUCUCAUGUACGACAAGUAGCACC